AUGGAAGCACUGAUGGAUGGACCAAUGCAUUUUUAUCAACUUGUGUACAUCAGCAUUCUGUCUACGGCUUGUUGCAGCUUGCCUGAAAGAUUUCUGGGAGGGCCACCUCACAACCUACAAAUGGAAUCUCGCAAUUUUCAGCACAUUUUGUCCUGGCAGGCAAAAAGUGAUCCAACUGUGCCAACAUACUAUCGCGUGCUGUACACUGACCGCAGGAACUGGAAGACUGCUAAACAAUGUUCGGCUAUUACACAACUCUUCUGUAAUCUGACAGAUGAUUUUGAAGACAUUUACGCUCAGUAUUCUGCCUUGGUUCAGAGCUUCACAGGAACUGAAGUAUUCAAUUCUUCUUUACUUUCUUUUGCGCCACUUACUGACACGUCCCUGGGACCACCAGAAGUUAAUAUCAGUUCCUGUCUAAACUGCAUAAAUGUCACCAUAAAGCUGCCAACAUCUUACUUAAUAGAAAAUGGAAAGCUACAGUCUUUAACUGAUAUAUAUCAAGAGCUUUAUUAUGAUAUAACACUGAAAACACUUGAUGGAGAGCAUAAGAGUCCACGUGAGAAAAUCAGUGAAGAAAUUUUUAGUACUGUCAUUGAAGAAUUGUAUCCAAAUAGAAAUUACUGUGUGUCUGUUAUGGUCACUGCAUCUCUAAACAAACAUUCCAACCCAUCAGCCUGGAAAUGUGUAACUGCAGACUCUGUAGCUCAACAAGGUUAUUAUACAGUCACAAUCGCAGGUGCUAUAUGUUUUUUCCUGAUGGUAGCUGGUGCCCUGAAGUUAAUGCAUGCAGGAGGUUAUAUUCUUCAAAAAAAAUCACUUCCACAUACUUUG